AUGUAUGCAUGUAUAUACGGCAGACUGAACGUGCUGCGCUGGCUGCUGUGGGAGGCGGAAUCGCGCGACGAGAUGCCGGCCCUGGAAAAGGGGGCCCACCACAACGGCACCACCCUGGCGCUGCACUACGCCGCCGCCAGGGGAUGCCUCGAUUGCGUGCGGCUGCUGGAUAAUAUUUUAGAUAUCAGGAUUGGAUUGGUGAUAGAAUGCAUCUUGGUAAACACCAUUUGCAUCAUGGACAACUCAGAUUAUCUAACCAUCCAUAAUAAUUAA